AUGGAGAGGAGGGCUCGGAGCUCCUCCAGAGAGGCCCACGGGAGAGGCGGCAGGUCCCCUCACAAGGAGAACAAGAGGGCGAGGGCCGAGAGGGGCGGUGGAGGCCGUGGGCGCCGGGACGCAGGGCGCGAGCAGGCGGGGAGCCGGGGGGAGUCCACCGCGCCCGCAGCCACCGUGGUGGACGUGGAUGAGGUCCGGGGCUCCGGUGAGGAGGGCACCGAGGUGGUGGCGCUGCUGGAGAGCGAGCGGCCCGAGGAAGGUACCAAGUCUUCAGGUUUAGGGGUCUGUGAAUGGCUCCUUGUCCUCACAUCCCUGCUCUUCAUCAUCGUGACCUUCCCUUUUUCGAUCUGGUUCUGCAUAAAGGUUGCACAGGAGUAUGAGAGAGUAUUAAUAUUCCGACUGGGACACCUGCUUCCUGGAAGAGCCAAAGGCCCUGGCCUUUUCUUCUUUUUGCCCUGCCUGGAUACCUAUCACAAGGUUGACCUUCGUCUCCAAACUUUGGAGAUACCCUUUCAUGAGGUUGUGACCAAAGACAUGUUUAUAAUGGAGAUAGAUGCCAUUUGCUACUACCGAAUGGAAAAUGCCUCUCUCCUCCUAAGCAGUCUUGCUCACGUGCCCAGAGCAGUCCAAUUUCUUGUGCAGACCACCAUGAAACGUCUCCUAGCACAUCGAUCCCUCACUGAAAUUCUUCUAGAGAGGAAGAGCAUUGCCCAAGAUAUAAAGGUGGCCUUGGAUGCAGUGACCUGUAUUUGGGGAAUCAAAGUGGAGAGAACAGAAAUCAAGGACGUCCGGCUGCCGGCGGGGCUCCAGCACUCCCUGGCUGUGGAGGCCGAAGCGCAGAGACAGGCCAAAGUGCGGGUGAUCGCUGCGGAAGGAGAGAGGGCCGCGUCGGAGUCCCUGAGACGGGCAGCGGAGAUCCUGGCAGGCACUCCGGCCGCUGUUCAGCUGCGGUACCUCCACACCCUCCAGUCCCUGUCCACGGACAAACCUUCCACCGUGGUUUUGCCUCUGCCAUUUGACUUGCUCAAUUUCCUGUCUUCGCCCGGCAGUAGAACUCAAGGAAGCCUCCCUUUCCCCAAUCCUUCCAAACCUGUCGAGCCCCCAAAUCCUAAAAAGAAAGACUCUCCCAUGCUAUAG